AUGCAGGGGCGGCGGCCACAUCAGGAAGACCGGCACGUGAAGAUCCCUGACCUCACGAAAGCCGCUCAGGCCCUGAAGAUGCCCAUUGACCACCUGGAACAGCCCUGCGCCUUCCUGGCGGUCUACGAUGGGCACCGCGGCCCCCUCUGCGCGGAGUUCGUCGCGAAGUCUUUACAUCUGAGACUCCUGAAGCACUUGUCCCAGCCGACCACAAAGGGCAGUGAGGAGAUUGGGCUGGCGCUGAAGGCUGUGUGCCAAGAGCUGGACGAAGAGUUUCUGGCCAAGCACCGCACUGCAGUUGAUGGGUGUACUGUCGUUAUGGCCCUGCUCACGGGACGACUCCUGUCCGUGGCAUGGCUUGGCGAUUCUCGCGCGCUUCUGUGCCGAACCACUUCUGCUGGGACUGUGGCAACGGUCCCACUCACACAGGACCACCGCCCAAGUGCGGCAGCGGAGGCAGACCGGGUGCGUGAGGCAGGUGGGAUGAUCGUGAACCUGGGUGCCUGCUGGAAGCAGCUUUCAUCUUUGACUGUAGUCCUGGUUUAA